UUAACCGCGGCGAGCAUAGGGCAAAAGUGACAAGGACAACGGCGAGCCGAUGCAAAUCGGGAUUUGUCGAAUCGAUCGUCGUUCGCAUCGAAGCGGUGAUUAGGCCACAGAUACUAACUAUUAUCGGCUGCGCCUACAAUUAGUGUCUUUUAGCAGGCACGGUCUAAAUUUUCGAACUGUUUCGGCAAACACAUCGUGGCGUUCCGCGUGGAUGAUGAUACUGGCUUCAUUAACAGUUUAUACUCCACUUAACCGGCUCGUUUGUGCGGAUUACGCUCGAGAAGAUCGCCCUAUAAACUCUGCCGGAUCGCGAGCAGAAGUCUCGUAAAAUUAUGCAGAAUUCGGCUGGGUCCCACUUAUGAGAACGUAUCGGCGGGCCGACGUCCGCCUCCAUACGGAUUACAUGUUUUCCUAUUAACGCAAAUUCCAUCGAUACACUCGUUUCGAUACAGAUACAGCGGCGAUUCUCGAUUCGAUGCGCACUCGCGAUAAUCUCGCGAUCGUUCUUCCCAGAGUGGAUCCGGUGAACGGUCACCGAUGUAUGAAAAUUUACACGGUCCGAGCGGCUCGUCGAACGAGCGCGAUUUCUUGCUUCGAUUAUUCCUAAAACUGCGUCGCAGAAAUUGAAUUCUCAGGUAAUCAAGCAAUACAAAUGCAAAUACCAGCUCGAACGGCCGCGUUAUCACCGCUUCGAAAUAUUCCGCAUAAAUAAACAAUCGACGGUUACGAGUUACAUUCAUUUACAAUAUCGAUCGACCAACGUGUUGCCGUUAAACCGGGCGUCGUUGAUCAAUCAACGAUCUUGACGCGCGUUCGAUCGUCGAACUACACCGCAGUGUUUUUUCCCUGAUAUUCAGAAUGCCAGGUUCCGACGUUUCUCGCGAUCUCUCGCUAAUUUCGCCACGACACCAAUUGUUUGUCGCGAGUUCUACGUCGAAGCGGACGCGGACGCGGUUCUCGGGUCAGAAUCACGCGAGUCGCGGUCCAAUUCGUCACUGUUCGCGUCGACGUGUUUCGGGGUUGAUCGGUGUCGAACGAUCGUUGGACGAUUCGUGCGAUUCGUAACCGUGAACAAAUAGCCAAUUAUUCUUUUCCAAGUCAUUACAUCGUUCUGCGAGAUUUACUGUUCCGUUUCAUUCGUGCAUCGUUCGCCUCGAUUCGCCAAUCAAAGCGACAGUUUGUAACGCUUCGCAACGGUGUCAGUUGAUUUGUCAACGUUAGAGGUGUGACGGAGCUGCUCUGUCACGAUCGAAACGAAGAAUCGCUUUUGUCGCGGCCGUUUAAACGCGACGAGGCGACCGACGAAGAAAGAAAGUUGGCCAGCCUACUAAAAAUUCAAAACGCGGGCGAAUUUCCUUGGGAAUAAAUUUCCAAGUUUCCUUCGCGAGAAUAGCCGAGCAAAUACGGCGUCGCGAGCUUAUCCAACCCUGGAAGGAGCUAGAAAGUUUGACGCAUUGCCGGUGAAUAAACCGAAACGAUUGUUACGCAACGUUUGCGUAAAGAAAGGGGGAAAGAACUUUUUUAACCCUCGUGUUAUUCAUCCAUAUCGAGGACAACGACGAUAGACUAUGAAUAAUAGUCAAUCCAAUAUAACGACGACUUGCGAGUUGAAAACUCGCGAUGCGCCGACAGCGAUAACCCUAUCGUCAGAGGCUGAUGGAAAAGAGUACGUGUUUUCGCCUCGAGGAAGAACGUCGCAUCCACGGGGACAAAACAUGUCCUUGACUGCCGUUAUAAACCAUCGACGAGGUCUUCUCGGAGCAUUGAUUUCAGGGUUAGGCAGUAACAUGUCGCUACCCUCCUGCAUCCCUCAGGAUCAGGAAUUUGUAACGGGACACACGACAGGAUGUAAAAUACCGUUGUUAAACAAUCGGAAUCAUCCGGAGAGGAACGAUCACGAAAGGCAACGACCCAAUUUCCUACCACUGUCACCUGUCAACGCGGCUUACGUGUCUGUAAACGCUUUGGAACCAGCGAAGGUCAAGCAACAGAUGAUCGAGCAACGACCAAAAUUGACAGAGAAAAGAAAGUGUCACGCGGAAAUAGUGUCCAUUAUGAGUACUCUCUACGCGAAUUUGUUGAUCGUAGUUGGACUCGCUGUACCUAUCACUGCUAAUGUGACGGAAAGAGUUCCAGCUUCGUUGAAUCAGGGUUUCUACUUGUAUUUAUACGUAGUGAGCGUCACGUUCGUGAUCUCUUUGUACGUAAUGGUAUGGAGGGACAAAGCCGAGAAGAAUAUGGUGCGGAGAAACGAGAAGGAAGAGGCGUUAAAAUUCGACGAGAAGGGCGAUCGCGUGAACGCGUGUCAGACGCAACAGUACGGCAGCUUUUGUCUGAGACUCGGCGCAGUGGGAUUUGGCGCUGGCUCGUUGGUAUUUACGGGAUUGCAAAUUGGGGCGGAAAUAGCUUCCGGUCCGUUCAGGGCGAUUACACCGGGUGCCAGGCUGCUGCUAGUUACGGCCCAGAUGCACUUUAUAUUUCUCAACAGUAAAAGUCUCAACUUGGCCAAGCACGCCGCUCUCGCCAAGUUAGGCCUGAUGCACAUGAUCGCGACUAAUCUCUGCGAAUGGUUGCAGGCGUUGGUCGAGGAAACGCAACACGAGAUCGAUCAGCUGGGCUACACGCACGACGACGAUGACGGUAUCCUCAAGUCGCUUCUGAGAGACGCCAGCCCGUUCCUUUUCCCGUGCACAAUUGAAUUCAGUUUAAUUUGCGCGGUGAUACUGUUCGAGAUGUGGAAGAGGGUGGACGAGAAGAUCGAUGCUAAAAGCGAGAUCCCGACGAGAUCUUCGUAUCACCUUAGCAUAGAUUGCAGCAGCUCUCACAAAGGUCUCUUUGGCGGAAUUCUAGUCGUUGCCGCGACGAUAUUGAGCUUGAUCAUGUUCUUCGUGCUGAAGGAGGCCAAGAUGAAGAUCGCGAUCGUUCAGGUUACCUCGUUGGACGCGACUAUACUUAUGUUAGGUAUGAUCGCUUCGGUCGCUGGGACAUUGAAAUUGCAAGCGUUGCAGCAAAAGAUUAUCAAGCCAUCGGACUUGGAUACCACCCUGUUGGCGGCAGCUCAAGCUGGGGUCUAUCUGCAUUGUCUGUUCGGAGUUGUUGGUGAUAUAUUGACAAUGGGUCCGACCUGGGUACUAUCGCUUAUCACAGAUUUAUUGGCCCUGGUACAGAGCACGAGCCAGACACUGCUUAUUAAAAAUGCGUGGGGAAGACGUUGCUCCAGAAACGACAAGCCUGGCAAGGAACUGAUCACCUUUCUGAUAGUCGUGAAUAUCGCCUUAUGGACAGUGAACACAUUGGAGAAAUCUCGUGCGGGGGUUCGUCCGGAUCAUUUACGGUUCUUCGGUGUAUGGGCAUGGACCAUCAUAACGCACGUGUCUAUGCCAUUGGCUAUAUUCUAUCGGUUUCAUUCGGCGAUAUGCCUGUUCGAAAUAUGGAAGACGUGUUACAAAUGUAGAUCCAACAGCGUCGUUCAAACCCCUUACUAAGUUAUCUGAUUCAAAACGAUGACUUUAUAGUACGGUUAUUUUGAUAAAAUUGUUACUUUUCAUAAAGAGUACAUGUAAAGCACACAAAGAAAUUGCGUUAUCCUUCGACGUUCCUUAAUUACCAUUUAACUUGGCAAACACAAAAGAGAAAGAGAAAGAGAGGCAGAGAGACUGAGAGAACAGGAAAAAAGAAUGAAGAAAAGAGGACUGGCGAUCCUUCGCAAAUAACAACGUUACAAGACACAAAAGGCAAACUUGUCCGCAACGUUUACUACCUUGCACGGGAACUUCUAAGCUGGCGCCAAAGACAAAGGGUAAAAGGGCCGUUUCAAAGCCUUCUUCGUUGGCUGCGACGAUGUUGGCGAGGACGAGGACGAGGACGAGGACGAGGACGCGACGUGCCAUGCUCGACGCAAAUCGAUAGAGGUGCGUACUUUUAUCGGUGUACCACAGAGAAAAGAUAGACGGUAACGAUGAUGGUGGACGGUCGACAGUUUGAUACGGUUUACGGUAAACACAUUUCGGUAGCAAUCACAUCACGAGGCAAGCAAGCCUCGCUGCAGCGAGAAGUAGGUGAUGCUUCGGUGGUUGGAGAAAGCGAGCGAGUGGACGGUGAAGAGCUCUUAGCCAACCCUUUGUUGCUCCUGCCACCACUAUUGCACCCUCUUCCUUCAUCACCCUGCCGGUCCCUCUGCUCUGCCCUCUUUAACUCCUACCCUAAACGUAGUGGAGGCUGUACUCUUGACCAAAGGCUUCUGAUUUACUUAGCCUAUCGAGUGCUCUCGGACUCGUCCACCAAGAAUACCAUGUACGCGUCCCGCCCGUGUACCUUGUGUUCCGAAAUUUCGAACUUAAUGCUCCACUUACCGCCCGUCUACCUUCCGCGUCAAGAUUUCGAAGACCUGAUUGCGUUCGCCAUCGUAUAAAUAAAUUUUUCAAGUAAAAGAUCGGAACAUGCUUAAUUACUCACGGGGCUGAGGUGUUUCUUUCAUCGGAAGAAAGCGUAACUAUUAGUCGGAAAACUGAAAACAAUAAUUGUUGGGAAGAAUUUUGCACAAAAACAUGUAUGAAUCUUGGGCGAAAGGAGAAAGAACAGAGGGUGUUAGUAACAGCCGUCACAAUCCUCUAACGCUCGUCGUAGCUUUUGUUUUUUUUACGGAUUUAACCAGGAUUUACCGUCUCUACGACCGCCUAGCUGCGCGACCUACCACCACCAGCAUCGGAUACAAUCUGCAACGCGCGCAUGGAAAACGUUCGGCUUCCAAGGAAACGUGAAAUCUUAGAUUUGCCCGGCUUUCGUUGGAUAUCCUGAACUACGUAAAAAAUACUCGCACGAAUUUUUAGGAAUUUUUAGGAUCGACAGGUCGGAAGCAGAACGAAUGAAAUUCGUAGGACAAUCUAGCGCCAUAGGUCGUAAUCCAUUUACCUAAUUUAAUUGGCAGUAGAAUUUAAAGUUGCACCAUAAGCGGUGACCGUAAUUGUCGUAUAACGAGUCAUCUAUUAACGAUAAUAGUUAUUAUCGGACUGAAUCGGCCACGCAACGAGAAUAUCGAUUAUUAUUAACGACGAGAUUAUUUAUAGCGGGGACACCUUGAAAGCGAAAUAAUCAAGGACUGUGUGAAUUUGCAUUUAACAUUCGAUGAAUACGAAACGUUUCGCGCGAGUUUGACCGUUCGCGCGAUAAUUCUUGGACGAGGUACGAUGCUCCUUGUAUCGGUCACAGAAAAAUCUUGCAAUUUAUCGGCUCCUGUCCUGUAACUCCCGUCGAUUCGAACGUCCACGUUGGCAGAAAGGAACCAAGCGUGGAAAAGGAAGAAAAGGCGAUGCGACAACGACGGGACCAGGAAACCUUGAUAUAUCCUCCAAACACAAGAAGAGAGAACGUCUUGGCGGAUUUAUCGGAACAGCAGAUAAUGGAUGGUCUCCCAGCAGGGGAACUUUUUUGAAUAAUAUAACGUACAACUAGCGGAAAUGCUUCGAUUUUAUGGCGAAUUGAAAUACGCUUAUACCUUUUCCUCUUUGUCCUUUUCUCCGGUAAAUACUGCAAUAAAAUAAUCGCCCGCCGAAAGGAAUAGCCUCUUGUUGUCGCCCACGGCCAUCAGCGGAGGACCGAAAACGUAUCGACACGUGAAAUCAUUAAACGUUCGAAAUAAAAUUAUCUCGGCGAGAGCGGAGCGUAAAGGAGCCAUGCGAAGGGUCAGCGGCCAUUCUCUUUCUCGACCCAAUUACACGAGGCUUUAAUGAAUUUUCGAUAUGGUCGUAGCUGCCCGCUACGACGCGUUGAUAAAAAGAAUGAGGAAAAACAAGUAAAUUAUUCGGUCGCUGUCGAUGUAACUGAAAUAAGGAGAAACAGCGUGAAGGUGGAAAGGGAGGGGUAGACUUUGACGAAAAGAUAUGACAGUGGUAUUGGGUGGAACGACUCUACCCGACAAAUACCACUGGCGGAGGUCGUCGAUUGGACGAUCCUCGGGAAUGUAUUUAAUUCGAUUGGACUCUGCCUCCAUCUGGACGAGACAAGAGAGAAGAAGGGAGGGUAACUCGCAGCAAGGACGAGGGAACCUCUGUUUCCGGCGGAAAUGAGACCUUCGCGACUCGUACUCCCAUCCUCCGCUACCAAUUCUGCCUCCUCCUGAACGCUUUCUCGAACCUCUUCGAUCAGCCUAUGGCCGUUUCCCUAACCGAGCUAUCUAUCUAUCGCUGUCUAUCUCGAGGGUGAGAAUGCAAAUCGUAUUUAUACUGUAUCUCACGCGACCAGGUAAAUAUUUCAAGCAGCCAUAGUUAGCCGCGUUUCGUGCGAAACUUGCUCUCUGGAAAUCAUUGAAAUCCGCUUGCCGAAUUACCCGCGUUUCCCGCUCUUUCCAGCUGCCUCGUCCCUCAUCCAUCCCGAUCCGCCCCUUUCCACGUUUCGCUCUCUUUCAAAUAUUUAAAUUAUAAAUAUUUACCGAUGUCGCGAAACUCUAGUUUCUGACCGAAACGUGCGACUGAAAGCAGACGUUGUAAUUUGACAGCGAUAUUAUCAUUAUUGGACGACCGUUUAUUGCGAUUUAUUGAAAUACAUGGCCGUGCGUCGGGCAAAUUGGAACUUAAACAAAUCCCAUUUCUACGAUGAUACCGUGUUUUCUAUUAUAGCAGUGACUCCGUAGGAGAAUAGGAAUGGUAAGCUUAGUAAAAAUAAAAAAGACAUUAGCGGAAGAAAAAAAAAGGAAAAAAAGAAGGAAGGUGAGACGAGGUAAAGUCGGAGUCGGAAAGACUUACUAAUGCUCCCUCGCAGCUCUGCUGAAUGUCGCUUGGUCUCCAUGGAUGUAAUUUUCACUGUAUGCCCGGAUUAGAAGCCAGCUCGUCGGAGGCUCCUCCAUGGUAUGCCGCUUGAUAAGUAUUGCCCCAUACCUCUUGAAUACACUAGAACUGGAAAAGGGAUUCGAGAUGAUCUCAAAGCGGUCGAUUGGCCUCGACGUGACGUUACGGGUCACGGAGAUAGGCAGCUGUUAUGUCUCAUUAAAAAUCCAGGUGCUAUAAUAGCGCGGAUUAAUGAUAAGAGCAUAAAGGCAGGAGAAUCAUGUAGGUUGUCAGAACGUAAAAGCUAUUAUUACGAUACCUGUCGUUGCCAUUUCGAUGAGAUUGAGUUUACUUAACGUCUCGAGAGAAAAAUAUCCAUCAAUCUUUCCAAAGAAGUAGAUCUUAAGAAACCAAUACUUGAUACGCAUACUUUUAUAUAUAAAUUUAUCUAUAUUUAACACGCGUGUACACAAUUUUUGCGACACGGUCAAUGUGAAGGAUAUUUUACCUAAAGAUAUUGAAACAUCUUUCUUAUAGGUCUUGUGUGUGUCGGUGAAACCAAUAUCUAUUUAAAGUAAAAAAAUUGCUGAUCGAAAGAGUGGAUUACGUGAAUUCACCGUUCUUGAGAAGGGCAAGGACAAAACUUUUGCUAGAUGGUAUUUCUUACAAUCAGAUAAGCGGAUCAUUGGAAAAUUCGGUAAAAAAAUAAUCCUAGGGAAAAAUGCACUGGCGUAAGAUACUUCUAUAUCUCUAUAUUCGACUCUUUAACUCCAAAUGAUGCUGUGAAAAAGAAAUGUAAAAUUAUAGUUGUGUGUAGAGGUAGAGGUGUGCUUUUUAAUGAAACGAUGUGAAAAAAUAUAUGAACUAAAUAAUUAUUUAAUUUAUUUUCCUUUAUUUAUGUUCUUAGGACUAAGAAGUACAUUGUCAUAUAAUGCAUAACGGAUAAGAUAAGAAACUUUCAAUAGCUCAUAGUUUUAGUAUUCGCUGUUUUAACUCAAUAGAUAGAUCAUUAUAAAGUUGAUACUGCUGGUGCAAUAAUGUUUUAAUCACGUUGUG